AGAUCAUUUGAGUUUUCCUACAAGAAGAGAGCUACCUAGGUUUUUAUUCAUAAAAAUGAGUUUUGUAAGCUUGAAGCUCCCUUUGAUUGAUUUCAGCAACCUAGGAGAAAAUGACUCUCCAAGGUGUGAAUCAACCAAAACCCAAAUUCGAGAAACCCUUCAAGAAUAUGGUUGUUUUGAAGCUACAUUCAAAAACUUUAUUCCUCUUGAGUUGAGGAAAUCAGUUAGUGAUGGGAUUCGACAACUUUUCGAUCUCCCUUUACCCAUCAAACUACUCAACAAAAAAUCAUCCAAACCUUACAAUAUUGGCUAUGUUGGCCAUAACGAUUACGGUCCACUCAUGGAAAGUAUGGGCAUCGAUGACGUUCUCUCGUCUCAAACAGUCGACACCUUCGCCAACCUCAUGUGGCCUGAUAAAGGCAAUACCACUUUCAGCAAAGAUCUACAAUUAUACUGUGAGAAACUGUCUGAACUGGACAAGAUUGUGAGGCGGAUGGUGUUAGAGAGUUUUGGACUGGAAAAAUACAUAGACGAACAAAUCAACUCCACGGAAUACCUUGUUGGUCUCCAGAAGUACGAGGCGCCUCGAACGCCUCACUCAACGCUUGGAUUAAAUUCCCAUAUGGACAAGAACAUCAUCACCAUAUUGCAUCAGCUCAAUCAUGUUAACGGUUUGCAGAUUCUUAACAAAGAUGGCAAAACUUGGAUCCCUGCAUAUCCAACGUCACUCGAUUCAUUCAUUGUCAUAGUCGGGACCGCUUUCCAUGCAUGGACAAACGGGCGAAUGUAUGCUCCAUUCCACAGGGUGGUGUUGAGCGGUGGUGAAGAAGCUCGACACAAUAUCGCAUUGUUUUCAUUUCCGAAAGAAGGGUGCGUACUUAAGGCUCCGGAAGAGUUGGUGAAUGAAGAUUACCCUAUGCUCUACAAGCCUUUUGAUUACUAUCACUUCUAUAAUUUUACCCUCACAGAUGCUGGUAGGGCUGUGUCGGAUCCUCUCAAGGAAUAUUUGGGAGCCUAAAUACCAUGAUUAUCAACUUAUAUGUCUGCUUGUUUGGGUGUUUAAUUUCUUGUUAAUUUAAAGCUAUUAUAAUAGAAGCUUCAGAUGCUUCAAAUACAUGUAACAAAUAAGCUCAUUUCCGGGUUUUCUUUGUUGGUUCUUUCCCGUAUCGCGAAAGAAGAGUGGAACCGCAUAUUAGAUAGAUAGUAUAUAUUUGGAGUUUGUUUUCAGUCAUAAUGUUGAAAUAAAUCCUCUUACUCUCCAA